AUGGCGCUGCCAUCCGCGAAACCUACGCUCCAUUACCUCGAUAUCGGUAGCCUGGGCCGUGGAGAGAUUGUCCGACUGUUCUUGCACGACGCGGGAGUGGAGUUCAAUGAUGUCCGAUAUCCGUAUGACGAUACUUGGCCAACGGCCAGCGCAGAACUCAAGCAGAAAGGGUUAUCAGUGACUGGCAAGGUACCGGUCCUUGAGUAUGAAGGACAAAUCCUCACACAGCAUCUACCAAUCCUGAGGUACCUAGCUAGAGAGCUGGGCGAAUAUGACGGAAAUACGAGCCUGGAGAAGUAUCUUCUAGAUGCAGUUGCUGAUGUGUAUACUGACUGGCGAGUCCAAUGGGUGAACAACCUUGGCAACGUCACGGACAAAUUUAAGAACGAGUAUGUCCCGAACUAUUACAACGUCUUAGCUACGUUUUAUGCUCAGAAGGAGGGACCUUAUCUCCUGGGUGAGAGGAUCACUUAUACGGACUUUGUCGUCUACCAGUCUAUCGACAACGAUUCACAGAUUGGAACAUUGCCGGCGUCUCUGCCGGAGCCUCUCACUAGGCUUAGAGCAGCGUUCGAAGCCCGGCCUAGAGUCGCGCCGUAUCUGGCGAGCCGCCGUGGCUAA